AUGCUGCAAGAGCAGCAAAAGACAGCGGAGAGACAUGCCUCACUAGGCCUCCCAUGCCGAGCAGCAACUGCAGCAGCAGCAGCAGCAGCAGCGGCUUCUGCUGCUGCUGCUGCUGCUGUAACUAGUUUUAUUGCUGCUGCUGCUCGCAAUGGGCGCCGCGAGGGCACUCUGCAGCAAUGCGGAGAGGCAGCUGCUGCCGCUGCUGCUGCUGCAGCAAACAGCGCAACAGUCUUCCCCAUUAGCAGUGCAGCAGCAGCAGCUGUUGCUGCGGCUGCAGCAGCAACAGCAGCAACGGCAGCAGCAGCAACAAGGAAGUGUCCCCAUGGGCAGGGUCACUCCUGGCCGCACACCUUGGAGCAACAGCAGCAGCUGCAGCAGCAACAGCAACUGCUGCUGCGGGUGCACAGCCUCCACAAGCAACGGCAACAGCGCCUGAAGCAGCAACUGCAGCAGCAACAGCAGCAGCAUCAGCAGCAGCAUCAGCAGCGGCUGAAGCAGCAGUACCGCGCCGGUGUUCAGCAGCAGCAGGAGCAGGAGCAGCAGCAGCAGCAGCGGCGGCCAGCUAGACCUUCCAGCGCAUGCAACGAAACGCAGCUACCCUUCAUUGCGGGGCUGCUGCUGCCUGCUGCAUUUUUACAUUUUAUCGGGGGCCCUUCUAUUUCUUCUGGCUGCAGUUGGGGUGUACGUACACCUCAGCAAGGUCUCAGGUCUCUGCUGCGGCAGCGCGUGGAGCUGCUGCGGGCCUUCUCGCUGCUACUUCCUGCUGUGCUGCAGCUCCUACGCUCUGCUCACAGCAUAACAGCAGCAGCAGCAGCAGCAGCAGCAGCGCCAGCUGCUGCUGCAGCAGCGGGAUCAGCAGGAGCUUCUGCCGUCACUCAAGGCUGCUGCUUCCCGCACUUGCUACAGCUUCAUUUGGCGGAUGCUGCAGCAGCAGCUGCUGCUGCUGCAGGCACACGCUCUGCUGCAGCAGCAGGUCUAGGGGCCCCAGCAGCAGAUGCACAGCAACUCGCUCUCCAAGGGGCGCAAGCUGCUGCUGCGUUUCUCAGAAGCAGCACAUUUAGAGAUGUGCUGCAGCAGCUGCUGCAACAGCCUCCGUUCAGAGCUGCAGCAGCAUCAGUGGCAAGAGCCGCUGCAGCAGCAGAAGCCCAAGGAAGCAACCCCAGCAGCAGCAGCCUCAGCAGCAGCAGCAGCAGCAAAGACUGCAACGAGGUCCCCGCUGUAGCAGCAGCUGAAGAUGAGGCUUUGCUGCUGCAGCAAGGGCUGCAGGCUUACCUAUUCGCGCCCGUGGAAGCAGCAGCAGCGUUGCUGCUGCAGCAGCUGACGGGGCAGCUGCUGCCUCCAUCAAAAGGGGCCCCAGUAAUAGAGGCUCUGGGGGCCCCCUUGAGCUGCAGACUUCUAGCAGCACUUGUGCGCUCUCUACAAACCUUCAAUGAGAUGCAGCAGCAGCAGCAGCAGCAGCAACAGCGAAAACAGCAGCAGCAGCAGCAGCAGCAAGGUUGCACCAGCCCGCUGCGGUGGAGUCCCUUUGCUCUAAGCUGCUUUCGAGAGGUGAUGCAUUUGGCUCGUUUGACUGUCAGCAGCAGCAGCAGCAGCAACAGCAGCAAAUGCAGCAGCAAUAUGUGCAGCAGCAACAGCGAUGCCUUUGCUGCUACAGUUGGCUCUUCUCCGACGAGCAGCAAGUGGUAUGCCUCUCCAUCUCUCGAAGAGACACAGAAGUUGCUGGUGCUGCUGCUGCAGUCUUUUGCUGCCCAGAUAGACGCAGAAGCAGCAGCAGCAAAAGCAGCAGCAACACCUGCUGCUGCUGCUGCUGCUGCUGCAUGUCGACCUUCGGGGCCCCACAGUGCUGCUAUUUUGAACUGGCGGGACGUAGCAGAAGCAGCACGCGAUGCAGGGAGGCUAGUGGUAUCUCUGGAAGCUACCGCAGCAGCAGCAGCAGCAGCAGCAGCAGAAGCACCUGCCGUUGCUACUGCUGCUGGGAGCGGCAGCAGCACAGCACUUCUUGCUGCAGCGGAGCAGGUGCUGGCAGCUGCUGCUGCUGCCUGUACACCUCAAAUCGCAGCCAUUCCACCCACAGACCUGGCGGCGCUGCUGUGGGCUGCUGCUGCUGCAGCACCUCGUAUUUACAAGCAGCAGCAGAAGCAGCAGCAGCUGCUGCAGGAUGUGCUGAGUCGGUUGUUUCACGCUGCAGCCAAGCAUUUGCUGCUGCCGCAACAGAACGCAUGCUUUCUGUUGGGGAGACUCUCAGAAUGCAUGCAGCAGCAGCAGCGACAGCCGCCGCCGCAGCAGCAGCAGCAGCAACUGCAGCAGACAGUGACUUUGGUAGGACUACAGGUUUCUCGGCAGCUGCAGCAAGCCAGGCCCCUAGACCGAUGCAUCCUUAUUUGGAGCCUUCUAGCAGGGAGCCGCGCAGCAGCAGCAGCAAAAGUUGCUGCUGCUGCUGCUGCUGUUCCUGCGGGUGUUGGUGCUGCUCCUGCAACGGCAACUGCUGCUGCUUUUUCUUUCGUUGUGGGGCCUGUCGAGUGGCUCGUUUUGUGUGCAGCAUUCAGGCAGCAGCAGCUGCUACAGCAGCGGCAGCAGCAGCAGCAACAGCAGCAGCUGCAACGACUGCUGCUGCAGAGCAGCGGUGCUAUGGCCUUGCAUGCAUUGGCUGUACGGGCAGAUGAACUGACCCGCCCUGCCGAAGGAGACAGUGCAGCACAAGUGUUAGCAGCAACAACAACAGCAACAGCAGCAGCAGCAGCACUGCAGCAACAGGGUGUGGCAGGGCCUGAAGACUAUCAAAGGAAUGUGGAGAAGGUCUGCAGCGGGGGCGCUACUGAUGCAGCAACAGCAGCAGCAACAGCAGCAGCAACAGCAGCAGCAACAGCAGCAACGUCUCCACCAGCUUCUGCAGCUGGCUCUGCACCGCUUGCUGCUUCAGUUGAUGGUUCAUCCGCUGCUGCUGCUGCUGAUGCUGCUGCAGUUGCUGCUGCAGCUGCGCCAAUAGCCUUGCAGGCCGUGCGGCAGCAGUGUGGAUUGCUGCUCAAAGAUUGCUGUGGGGCAGCAGCAAACGGUCGGCUGGAAGCUAUCAGCUGCUGCCGAUCGUUGUUGUCUCUGCUACAUUCCGCUGCUCUCUUAGCGCGCGCAGCAGCAGCAGCAGCAGCAGCAGCAAAGUCUCCCGCCACCUUUGGGGGGCUAAGGGCUGCUGACAAGGGCCUCGGAAGGGAAGGCGUUAUGCUACUGUCUCAGCUGCAACGGCGGCUGCAUGCUGUAGUGCAGCAGCAGCAGCAGCAGCAGAAGCAGCACCAGGAAGUGCAGCAACAAGUGCAGCACCAACAACGGCAGCAGCAACAGCUGCAGCGGCAGCAGAUGCCUUCGCUUCCUCUUGCCCCACAAAGCAUCAGUCAGAUAGUUCACGGACAGCUGCUGCGGCUCUCCAGCAAACAACUAUCAGCGCUAAUAUGCGGCAUCUUUGACCUCGGAGCGUUGCUGCCCUGCCAGCAGCAGCAGCAGCAGCAUCAGCAGCAGCAACAGCAGCAGCAGCAGCAGCAGCCGGUGCUGCAGCCGCAGAUCCGCAGGCAGCUGCAUCGUGCAAUCCUUAGAGAAAUCAGCAGCCGCAGCGUGCUGCAGCAGAACGCCUCUGCUGCUGUUGAUGAACCGCAAGCGCAGCAGCAGCAGAAGCAGCAGCAGAAGCAGCAGCAGAAGCAGAAGCAGCAGCGGCAACAGGAGCAGGAGGAGCUCAGUUUGUUUCAGCUGGCUUGCUGUCUGCGGGUGACCGCUGCUGCGGCUCUCCAGUGUGCUGCUGCUGCACUGCAGGAGAGCCCUGCUGCUGCUGCAGCAGCAGUUGAAGAACAGAGGGAGGAGGCGAUCCUGGCCUUAGAGGCAAGCAGCACGCACAAACCCCUUUUGCUACUGGGGGCAUACGCUGCUGCUGCUGCUGCUGCUGCUGUAGUAGUAGUAGGACUCGCCCUGACGGAGUGUCUCCUCAGCUCCACCGACUUCACCCCUCUCAUCGAGCAGCGCCAACUGCUACGCGAACAGCAGCAGCAGCAGCAGCAGCAGCAGAACCAGCAGCAGCAGCAGCACCUGUCUGAGCCAACUCUGCGCGUCGUCACCGGUGGUCUCCCACAGGCAAGAAAGGAGACACUUUAUCAGGCUGUACUGACAGCGGCUGUCCUUCGCUCGUGGAGUCCCCUCUUGCGGCGCCUUGUGCAAGGUGAGGAGACACCCGAAGCAGCAGCAGCAGCAGCAGCGGCUGCUGCUGCUGCUGCUGCUGUUGCUGCUGGGAACGUAGGUGUCUCCGCUAAGCGCCAAGUGGCGGUGCUGCUGCAGCAGCAGGGUGUCUCCUUUGCUGCAGAGACACGAACAGCAGAGGGCAUUUCAAUCGACUUCGCCAUACUGGGGCUGCCCCCCAUGCAGCAGCAGCAACAGCAGCAGCAGCAGCUGCUGCUGCUGCAGCGACAGGAUCAGGAGGAGCAGCACGACCUGCGGCUUGUGCUGGAGGUGGAUGGGCCCUCCCACUACACCCUAGACUGCAGCGGAGACAGUCUCCGUAGGGUAUUAUCUAAUGCAUCUCUCUUCAAGGAGACUCUGCUGCGGUUUUUAGGCUGGCGAGUAGCUCGUCUCAAUGCAGCAGCAGCAGCUGCUGCUGCUGCAACAGCAACAGCAACGGAAUCCCGAGGAGCAGCGCAGCAACUGCUGCAGCUGCUGAGGCUAAAGGCCUCCACCUCACUGUUAGGUGACUGCAGCAGCUCAAACGGUAGCAGCAGAAGUUUUGCAUGCGAGAGAAACAGCAGCAGCCACAACAGCAGCAACAGCAGCAGCAGCAGCAGCAUGAACAGAGUAGGACAAGCCUGCAGCGGGAGAUGGAAGCGGAGUAGCAGGGGCUUAACUGUCUCUUCAAAGGCAUAG